AAUCCAAACCAGACCCAUCCUUAAUUAGAGGAUUAGUUGGUUUGCUUUCUUUUUUUUGCUUUUGAUUUGAUUCGUUUGAAUAUGGUCAAAGUGACGUUGGAAAAAAGAUAGAUAGUGGAAGUCCUUGCCAAACGGCGUCGUACUAAUAUGUUUUUUGGGGAAACCCAGCAGCCAGGCCGUUGCAAACAAUUAACAGUUUUUUUUUUUUUGGAAAAAAAAUAGAAAAAAAAAAAGAAAAGAAAGCAUAAUGAAAGACGAAAAUCGCGGGAACACGUUUAUAUAAAGACUCCAAAGAAAUCGGGGACGUGUUCAAAGUUUAUAGAGAAAAGAAAAGGAAAAAGAAAAGAAACCUUAAACCUGUUUCAAUUAAAGUUGUUGUUUUUUUUUUUUUCCCUGUUCUGUUCUUCAAUCUGCAGUUACUAUUUUUCGGAGAGAUUUCCGUUUCCUGCUUUGAUUGUUUCCGUUUUAACCUGAAAUUUUCUUUUCUAGAAUUCCCAGGGAAUCAAAGCUUAAAAUAAAAAAGGGAAUAUAGGUCAAUCAGGGUUCUUCCUUUCAGGUGCUGUUUGACGGAUGCUUUGAUUCUUGAAAUGAUCAAACUUUUAGGAUCGUAACGAUUGUCAACCUUUUGGGAUUGGCGUUGGAAGGACAGACUUAACACUGAGAGGCCUGGAGUUUUGGGGCUGUUGAAUCUGGUGUUUUGUCUCCAGGAUUUGACAGCACCCUUGUGAUUUUUGCGGGGUAUCCAUUAUUGUGUGUUUGAACUUUGAAUUCCUGACCUUAAAUGGAGCAAUUCAGGCAGAUUGGCGAGGUUCUGGGAAGUUUGACAGCCCUCAUGGUUUUACAAGAUGAUAUUCAAAUCAAUCGACGCCAGUGCUGUUUGUUGUUUGAUAUAUUCAGCUUGGCUUUCAAUACAAUAGCCGAGGAGAUCAGGAUGAACCUGAAAUUAGAAGAAAAGAACACAAAGUGGAAUGCCCUUGAGUCUCCCUUGAGAGAGCUUCAAAGGAUCUUCAAAGAAGGAGAACUAUAUGUCAAACAAUGUAUGGACAAGAAAGACUGGUGGGUAAAGGCAAUCAACCUCCACCAGAACAAGGAUUGCGUUGAUAAUCACAUUCACAAUUUGCUUAGCCACUUCCCCGCUAUCAUUGAGGCCAUUGAGACUGCUGGAGAGAUAGCAGGGCUUGACCAGGAUGAGAUGCAAAGAAGGAGAGUGGCACUUGCAAGGAAGUAUGACAAGGAAUGGAAUGACCCAAAACUUUUUCAGUUUAGAUUCGGAAAGCAGUAUUUGAUCCCUCGAGAUAUUUGUACCCGUUUUCAGAGUGCUUGGAGAGAAGAUAGAUGGAAUCUUGUUGAAGCUCUCAGGGAGAAGAAGAGUUCAGAAUCUGCUACCAAGAAUCAGCAGCGGCUAGCCGGCUUGCUGAUCAAGAAAAUUAUUGGAGCAGAGGCUUAUAAUGAUAAGCUUUUCCCGAGUUCAAUUUUGUAUGGAGGGGAUUACCUGGUAAGGCGACGAUUAGGGGGACAGUAUAAGGAAAUACAAUGGUUGGGAGAUAACUUUGUUUUGAGACACUUCUUUGGGGAGGUUGAACCAGCAUGUUCUGAAAUCUCUACCCUACUUUCACUUUCUCAUCCGAAUAUAUUGCAAUACCUUUGCGGGUUUCAUGAUGAGGAAAAGAAAGAGGUCAUGCUUGUUCUGGAGUUGAUGAACAAGGAUCUCAGUUCUUAUAUGAAGGAGAAUUGUGGCUCGAGAAGGAGGAUCUUGUUCUCUUUUCCUGUUGUGGUUGAUCUUAUGUUUCAAAUUGCGAGAGGAAUGGAAUAUCUCCACUCACAGAAGAUCUAUCAUGGAGAGUUAAACCCUAGUAAUAUCUUUAUGAAAGCUAGGAACAGCUCAGAAGGUUAUUUCCAUUUAAAAAUAUCAGGUUAUGGUUUAUCCACUGUCAAAACUCGUUCAUCUACAAACUCAUCACCAAAGCCGAUUGAUCCCUCCCCAUGUAUUUGGUAUGCUCCCGAAGUUUUGCUAGAGCAAGAGCAGCCAGGCAAUUAUACCACCACUUUUAAGUACACGGAGAAAGCAGAUGUCUACAGCUUUGGGAUGCUUUGCUUUGAGCUCCUGACAGGGAAAGUUCCUUUCGAAGAUGGACAUCUUCAAGGAGAGAAGGUGAGUAGAAAUAUUAGAGCAGGCGAGAGGCCUCUGUUUCCAUACACAGCACCUAAAUAUCUUGUCAGCUUAACCAAAAGAUGCUGGCAUACUGAUCCAAAUCAGCGUCCAAGUUUCUCAUCCAUUUGUAGGAUUUUACGGUACAUCAAGAAGUUCCUUGUGAUGAAUGCUGACCAUGAUCAGCCUGAACUGCAGUUUCCAGUUGCAGAUUAUUGUGAAAUAGAGGCAUGGUUCCUCAAGUUCACAGCAAAUGGGGCUUUCAGUCCAUUAUCAGUGGCACAAAUCCCAUUUCAAAUGUUUGCUUAUAGACUGGCUGAGAAAGACAGAACUAUUUUGAACACCAAGGAUAAGAAUGGAGAGUUAGCCAUUGAAGCAGCCUCAAUUUGCAGGGAUGAGAAUAAUUCUACAGUGGAGGAUCCGUUGACAGCAGCAAGUGACACAAAGUCUGUUGCUUCUGAUGUAAAAUCGGUUUGUUCAGAUAUCAAGUCAGUUUGUUCAGAUAUGAGGUCAAUCUACUCUGAGAUUCCAGAAAAGAGAUCAAUCAAUUUCGAUACACCCCAAAGGAGAUCAAUUUGCACCAAGAUUCCAGAGAAGAAAAUUUUACUGACCAAGAAAAACACCAAUGUGAAGGCCAAAAAAUGUUCAGGGACAUCAAAUGGACAAUCUGCACCACCACCAACCUUGAAUCGUGGUCACAGUGUAAGGAUAAACCGAGAAAGUCGCUUACCAUUAAUUACAAGUUCCUUGAGCAAAGGCCGGCAAAGAGCAGCAGGAGGUCAUACCUCUGAUUAGCACCCAUUAAUCACCAUAAUGAACAGGGUUGCUGGUAUUCCAUCAAACAUUUUGCCCAAGGUGUGAAUCUCCAUGAUACAAAUAGAGACUGAAUUUUUUUCAUCAUAAUCUUGAAGUUUUGGUACGAUAGUAGGAACAGUGUACUAUAUUAUUUUUCUGCUGCACGUUUCUUAUUCUUGUGUUUUUAGCCUUCUAGGAUGUAAGUUUUCCCGUUUGGAUAGCUGUAUUUGGUCAUCAAUCUUGUUCUAUAAAAGUAUUUCCUUU